AUGGCUUCCUCCGCAUCACACGAGUCCAAUGACAAUGAUAGUCGUGUUCAAUCCACCGGUGCCGACAGCCGAGCAAUAGUAUUUCUCCCAAUGAAGCCCAACAAUCAUGCCAUUGAGCUUCGAACCACCCUGUUCGAUGACAGGACGCCAUAUCGUCUGGCUCCGGUUGAAAUGAAAGAAAUGAAGAAUCAACUGCAAGAACCUCUCGAUAAAGGUUUUAUCCGACCGAGCACUUCACCUUGGGGUGUUCCAGUACUAUUUGUCAAGGAGAAAGAUGGUUCAAUGCGUAUGUGCAUCGAUUACCGUGAGUUAAACAAAGUAACGAUCAAGAACAAAUAUCCACUUCCACGUAUCGAUGAUUUGUUCGACCAAUUGCAAGCGUUCAUGGAUAUGAUGAAUCGCAUGUGCCGGCCAAUGUUGGACAAAUCUGUGAUCGUGUUUAUAAACGAUAUUCUUGUGCAAUUCCUAGGUCAUACGAUUUCUUGUGACGGUGUGUCGGUUGACCCGUCCAAAGUUGAAGCUGUAAAGAAUUGGGAGCAACCUAAGAAUGCAUCUAAGAUUCGUAGUUUUCUUGGACUCACGGAUGCUCUUGUUCUAGCUUUACAAGAAGGUAGUGACGACUUGGUAGUUUACAGCGAUGCUUCUAAACUGGGUCUCGGUUGUGUUCUUAUGCAGCGAGGUAAAGCUAAUGUUGUUGCAGAUGCUUUAAGCCGGAAGACGUAUGCAAACUCCAUGUGUUAUGCUAUUACACAUACGUCCGUGACAUCCACACUAAUUGACAACAUACGAAAAUGGCAAGUAGAGGCUUUAAAGCCUGAUUGUGUGAAACCAGAGCGUAUAGUUGGUUAUGUUUUGUAUCUGACAGAUGAUAGUCGAGGACUUAAAGUCUUCAAGGAACGUGUUUGGAUUCGAAAACUCGGUGGUAUUCGGGAAUUGGUAUUAUCUGAAGCACAUAAGUCACGGAUGUUAAAGCUGAACACCAAAAACGUUAUGGUAGCCUUUAACCUCUCGAUAUACCGGUGUGGAAAUGGGAGGAACUUACAAUGGAUUUCGUUACAAAGCUACCGAAGACGUCUCGCACAAAUUUAUAUCGACGAGAUUAUUGCACGACAUGGUGUUCCUUUGAAGGUAAUUUAUGAUCGAGAUUCUCGAUUUACUUCGAAAUUUUGGGCCAGUUUACAACGAGAACUAGGGACACGCGUGGCAUUGAGCACAGCCUAUCAUCCCCAAACUGAUGGCCAGUCCGAACGCACGAUACAGACGUUAGAAGAUAUGUUGCGUGCGUGUAUCCUUGAGUUUGGUGGUAGUUGGGAUAUGUAUCUACCAUUGGUUGGAUUUUCGUACAACAACAGCUAUCACUCGACUAUCGGUAUGGCGCCUUUUGAGGCUUUAUAUGGUCGUAAAUGUCGAACUCACUAUGUUGGCGUGAGACGGGUGAGAAAGUGCUUGCUGGACCCGAAAUGA